AUGGGUAGCAUGGAGUGGAGAGAGUCGGAUGUGACUGUGUCGAGUGCCACCCUGAGAACGAUGAGUCUCCACGGCACGGGGUGUGAAGAGUUUGUGAAUCCGACUAGCGUUUCUUUUGAUACUCCGAACCUGCGUGUGUUAAGCUACUAUGACUUGGUUGCGGAAGACUAUCCGUUGGUUAAUAUGAAGAAGUUGUGUGAUGCUACUAUCAAUCUUAUACUAACUGAUAAACAGGUUAAGCGACUAAGAGAGCCGAACAAUGAGUUUUGGGAGGAGGAGGAGGAUGAGGUUGAGGAUGAGGGUAAUGUUCUUGUCAACUUUGGUAAUGUGGUGAAGCUCAUGAAUGGGAUACAGAAUGUUCAGAAGCUUUCCUUCACUGCUGAUACUCUCGAGGUGCUUUCCCAAUGCUGUGAUACAAUGCCAGUGUUCAACAACCUCAAGUUCUUAGGCAUUACGAGUGAAGAGGGUAGAGGAUGGCAAGCAAUGCCAGCUCUUCUUAAGAACUGUCCGCGUUUAGAAACUAUAAUCCUGAGGGAAGGCAAAGGUCGUUCACUCAGGGCUUGUCCGGUGAAUAGGUUGGAGAUUCAGGGGUUUCGAGCAACGAUGAAAGAGAUGACCAUGAUAAAGCAUUUCUUGGACUAUUUUCCAGGUUUGAAGAGGCUUGACGUCGUCAUUGAAGACAACGAACCUACGCAGCUCAGAAACCCGGAGUUGUCUAAGUGUGUCAAGGAGAUGUUCAGUCUCUACAGCAGGUUGUAUCCGAGUUGCAGCGUCGAGCUCAUGGUGAGUAGUUUCUUGCAAAAGAAGUGGCGUGCACAAGGACAUAUCUGA